ACCAACAGUUGAAUUUAAGUCUAAGGAGGAACAACUUCUGGCCUCUAAUUUGUGUUUCUUUCCAUCAAUUGAUUAAUGUUGUUUUCUUAAUUGUGAUUUGUUUUUUUUUCUCUUUUCUUUUUAUUGUGAAUUAAUCACUUAAUUAACUUAUUCUCCUUCUGGACCAUUGGAUUAACUGUGUAUUAGUUUGAGAAAAUUGUGUCUUCAUCUUUUUCCAUCUAAACACUUUACUUUUUUUUCUACUGACGAUGUUUAAAUUACAAUUGAUUUUCUAUUCUUUUUAAAACAUUUUCUUUUCUCCAUUUUAAAUAUUCUACAUUCAAAAAGAAAAUAUUUAUUGUUAAAAUAUGAGUUGUUAUAAUUAUCCUUCAACUGGACCAACACCUCCAAGGAUUAAUAGUAAUAAUUACAACGGUAAUAACAAUGGUAACAACAAUGGUGUGAACAAUGUUAAUGGUGAUUCAACAGCCUCUGUUAAUGGCCCAUUAAAUGGUAAUGUGAAUUCAGUUUACAAUAGUGUUAAUAAUACAAAUAUCUCAACAUCUAAUCAACUUCAACAACAACAACAACAAUCCCAAUCCCAAUUACAACAACAACAAGGAUUAAUUGGAAGCCUAAAUAAUCCGGCUCGUAGUUCAUCUCGUCAAUCCCACCGGUCAACCAGAGCCGAUCGACCAUAUCAUGUAUCAACAAUACCUGGUUCAGGACUUGUUGUAAGCCAUAGUGUUAACGGUGGUAUUGCCAAUGGUGGGAUAUCAUCAGGUUCACCUUAUGAUGUUUUAUUAAACAAUGGAGAUGAUAGACUUUCAGUUAAACUUAAUUCAACACUUAACCGAUCAGGAUUUGGUGGGGGAACACCAAGUAACAGUGGAUUAACUUUAAAUGGAUCAAAUCUUCACCAUCAUCAACAACAACCUCACCACUCAUCUCAUCAUGUAAUAUCAUCAUCAUCAUCACACCAUCAUCAGUCACCUCAUCAUCAAAUUUCCCACCAUUCAUCUCAACAACAACAACAACAACAUCCAUUAAACCCAUACUCUUUGACCAGUGGUGGUGGUGGUGGUCACUCAUCAUCAUCUCGACGUCGUCAAAAUUAUGUUUCCCAUCAUCAUCAUCAUCACCAUCAUCACCACAAUGAUGAGUCAAUCGAUGUAUCCAUUUUACCGGGUGACGAUGUUUGGGCCGACAAUACAACGGCCAUAACGGGUAACACUUCAGAUCGUUCAGUGUCCAUUGAUGUUGAUCUCAAUAAGAUUGGUAAAUCGGGUUACAAUUUAUCAGCCAUCAAUUCAUUUCACAAUUCAACUAGUAAUCAUCCUAAUCAUUUAAAUUCAUCUUCUAGUAAUUCAAGUUCAUCAAAUAAUCUUUGGAAUUCAUCUGAUUGGUCAACUAAAUGUUCAAUUUGGUGUGGACCAUUUACCCUUGGACUAUUAUCUUUAUGUGCCUUUAUCUCACCUCUUGUGAUGGUCAUUUUACCCCAAAUCGAAACCCUUGAAUGGAAAGUUAAAGAGUGCGGACCCGAAUGUGAUGGUACACUAAUUAGUUGCCUAUUUAAAUUGGCACUUCUUUUAAUCUUAUCUUAUAUUACCUUUUUCACCUCACCAAGAUGCUCCCUGCCCCGUAUUGAUAUUUACCGAGCCCUUUUAAUGACCUUACUCACCUUUCUCAUGGUGGCUUAUUGGGUGUUUUAUAUUGAAAAAAUUUGGGAUCGUCGUUUCUCCGAUUAUGAAUUAACCUAUCAAUCGAUAGUCCAAUUUUCCGUUUCCAUAGUUGAUGUACUUUUAUGGAUACACUUUGCUGCCGUUGUUAUGCUCAAAUUAAAACCAACCGAAUCUGUUUUCAUAAUUAAAGUUACUCGGUCACCUGAUGGUGAGGCAAGGUCAUACACUAUCGGUCAACUGUCCAUUCAAAGAGCCGCUGUUGUUGUACUCGAAAAAUAUUAUUCCGAUUUUACCAUUUAUAAUCCUUACCUUGAACUUGCCCCUCGUCGGUCUAGAGGUAAGUCAAUGCGAGGAUUAAAUAGUCUUGGACCAGGAUCAACAUUAAAAUAUUACGAUAUCGAUGGUAUCGGUACUAGCGGUGGUGGUACCAAUGGUACUAUCAUUGGUAAUGGUAGUAUUGUCGGUGGUGAUCAUCAUAUUACCGGUAAUGGUUCAGUUGGUACUUCAAUUGGACCUGGUGGUAAUACUCUUGGAUUACCGGGAAGUUUAAUCCUUGGUCCUCAUCAAGGUUCAUCAACACUUCGAGGAGUAAAUGGUAUUAAUGACACCGAGAGAAUUGAUGAGAUUAAUAAUUUAGAAGAAAGAGGAUCUCGAGUGGGCGUUAGAUCAACUCGUCACAAUCGAGAAAAUCUUUCUAAUAACAAUCAUCAUCAUUCUAAUCAUAAUGAUCGUUUCUACGAGGAACAUGAUUAUGAACGUCGAGUUCGUAAAAGAAAAGCAAGACUAUUAACCGCAGCCGAAGAAGCAUUUACUCAUAUAAAAAGAAUACGUGCCGAUGAACCAUGUCCAAUUUCAUCACCGAUCGACCCCAAAGAAGCUUCGCAAGCAAUAUUUCCCGCCAUGGCUCGAGCCCUUCAAAAGUUUCUUCGUGUCACUAGACAACAACCUCGACACAACGUGGAAACGAUUGUUGACCAUUUAUCUACCUGUCUAACUUAUGACCUUUCACCUAAAGCUUUCCUUGAAACUUAUUUCAACCCUCGCCCCGUCAUGUCCAGUUCAGCUGAAGUUAAACCCAUGCAAAGUUGGGGACUAGUUUGUGAUAUCCUUUUAACACGAACCAUUGAAUCGGGAACCGUUUUCAUGUUACGACAAAACGAUGUCUCCUUACUGGUCACCGUUACAUCAAUACCACACCUCAAUAUAACCGAAGAGAUUAUUGAUCCAAAGUGUAAUAAGUUUGUUUUCAAAAUGAACUCAGAAACUUCAGUGUAACAUAUUGACCAUAAAUCAUCAUAUUGUGCAACAUAUUGGAUUAUAAUGACCACUCAACAAACAUACUGACCAAUAAGAAGCACUUUUUUUUCAAUCAUCAUCAUCACUUUUUUACCAAUACUUAUUUAUAAAUAUUCAUCAUCAUCAUCGUCACAAUUAUCCCUGUAAAUUUAUCUGUGAAUACUCAGACUUGUAAACAAUUAACAACAACAAUGUAAUUUAAUUUCAACACCACAAUAGAAGUGAUUUAAAUGUCAACAAUUAACUGGCCAAUUUUAAACUUAAAUUGAACAAUCAAUUUAAUAUGAAAAAAAAAGUAUUAAUCAUAUCCUUUUGUAUUAUACAAGUAAAUAUGCAUAAUAAUUAUAUUGUAUUAAUUAUACAACUAUUAUCAACUAAUCAAGAUUUAAUUGUAAAUCAUGUAAUUGACAUUUGAUAUAUCAAAGUAAAUAUAAACUAAAUUAACAAACAACAACAUCCCCAAGAAAACAAA